AUGUUGACCAUUAAGAGGGUUGCUACUGUUGUUUCCAAUUAUCAGGAAGACGAUCAUUCUGAUAAUAAGCCUUCCUUUGGUUGUGGCCGCAAUUGCCUUGGCUCAUGUUGCCUACCUGUUUCGAAGCUUCCAAUUUACUUGUUCAAGAAAGACGGGAAUGUUGGUUUGGUAGAAUCAUCUGAGGGAGUUUCUGAAAUAUCAUUCCUUCACAACUUGCUCCUUGGACAGUGGCAGGACAGAAUGAACCGCGGCCUCUUCAGGUAUGACGUCACCGAUUGCCAGACCAAGAUCAUCCCCGGCCACCACGGCUUCAUAGCGCAGCUCAACGAAGGCCGCCACCUCAAGAAGCGUCCCACCGAGUUCCGAGUCGACCAAGUCCUUCAGCCCUUCGAUGAAAGCAAGUUCAAUUUCAUGAAAAUUGGACAGGAGGAGGUGCUCUUCAUCUUUGACCACAGCGUUGACCACAGAAGCCAUUUGUUGCCCAAUGAAUCUGUUGAAAACAUGCCAUCAGCAUCUCCCAAUGUGGUUGCAAUCAAUGUGAGUCCUAUUGAGUAUGGACAUGUUCUUUUGAUCCCUCGUGUCCUGGAUUGCUUUCCUCAGAGGAUCGAUCAUGAAAGCCUCCGACUUGCAAUGCACAUGGCUAAAGAAGCUGCUGAUCCAUUCUUCAGAUUGGGUUACAAUAGUCUGGGUGCAUUUGCCACCAUCAAUCAUCUCCACUUCCAAGCUUAUUACUUGGCAGCACCCUUCCCAGUUGAGAAGGCCAAAAGGCAGAAAAUAAAAACUGUACAAAAUAAGGGGCAUCAAUGUCCUCAAGGACUCUCUGUAUCUCAGCUCUUGGACUAUCCUGUUCGAGGACUUGUUUUUGAGGGUGGGAACACCACACGUGAUCUUUCUGAUACCGUUGCAAACUCUCUUGUUUUCCUUCAGAACAACAACAUCCCCUUCAAUGUUCUCAUCUCUGAUUGUGGUAACAAGAUAUAUCUGUUCCCUCAGUGCUUUGCGGAGAGGCAAGCACGUGGAGAAGUUAGCCAAGAAAUCCUACAAGCACAAGUAAAUCCAGCAGUGUGGGAGAUAAGCGGACACAUAGUGCUUAAGAGGAAGGUUGAUUUCGACCAAGCAUCUGAAACAUACGCAUGGAAACUCCUGGCUGAGGUUUCGCUGUCGGAAGAGAGGUUCCAAGAGGUGAAGGCCUGUGUUCUUAAUGCCGCAGCAAUGCGUGAGAUAAUUAAUGCGGAAGGAAUCAAUCAAGAAGAUGAAAUGGUUCAAAACUUUGUACCAAGCACUUCUUGUGCUGCUUAA